GGGGGUUGAACCGCAGAAUUCGUCUUCACAGCUCACAAUUCACACCCGCGGUUUUUCUCCUCUUCCGUCGUCCGUGGGUUUAGUCUCCUCUUAAUACUCUUAUCUUCUACUCAAUCGGGAUCUGUGAAGCCCUAAUUAUUCUCCAUGACUGCUCAUUGCUUCAAUUAACAGGCAGACACAAAUGCAAGUGUCCUAAACAGCUGAUGCGGAUUCGUAUUUAUAACAUAGCUGAAUAGGGCACGACACGACCAAAAUGGGUUUGGGAUUCAAGCAAAUCUCGUUAAUCGCUCUCUUUUUACUAGUACAAUGUAGUUACUGUACAACAGGUUCAGAAAACAGCACUUCAGAGAGGUUAAUAACUGCUCCGUUGAAAGAGACGAUAGGAAGUGUGAUAGAUGGGAACAAUUUAGGGGAGGUAUUUAAGUCCGAUACCACAACUGAUGAACCUGAUGGAAAAAACGGCGGGAACAGUAGGGUUUCAGUGACUACUGUUGCUUUGUUUACUUUAGCAAUGGCUGCUGCUACUGGUUUAGGUGCAGUACCGUUCUUCUUUGUGGAACUUGAUGCCCAGUGGGCGGGGAUAUGCAAUGGAAUGGCGGCAGGAGUGAUGUUGGCGGCGAGUUUUGAUCUAAUACAAGAAGGAAGGGAGCAUGGUAGCGGCAGUUGGGUUGUUAUCGGUAUUUUGAUGGGUGGCAUUUUUAUUUUGCUAUGUAAGAAGUUUCUCGAGCAUUAUGGUGAAGUCAGUAUGCUGGACAUAAAAGGAGCAGAUGCGAAUAAGGUUAUUCUUGUGAUUGGAAUCAUGACGCUUCAUUCUUUUGGGGAAGGUUCUGGAGUCGGGGUGUCUUUUGCUGGCUCAAAAGGUCUUUCUCAGGGUCUUUUGGUAACUUUAGCCAUCGCUGUUCAUAACAUACCCGAAGGGUUAGCUGUUAGUAUGGUUCUUGCAUCAAGGGGAGUUUCUCCACAAAAUGCUAUGUUAUGGAGCGUAAUUACAUCUUUGCCUCAGCCCAUUGUAGCAGUACCUUCUUUUAUAUGUGCUGAUGCCUUUAACAAACUGCUGCCUUUCUGUACGGGCUUUGCAGCAGGGUGUAUGAUCUGGAUGGUUGUUGCUGAGGUUCUUCCGGAUGCUUUCAAGGAAGCAUCUCCGUCUCAUGUUGCAUCUGCAGCUACACUUUCAGUCGCAACUAUGGAAGCUUUUGGUGCCAUGUUUCAGAACUUUGGCGUCAAUUACAAUUCAGAAGGUGCUUCGGGGUUCCUGGUGUCGUUACUUUUCGGUCUUGGUCCAUUGCUAGGUGGCAACAUUCUAGUUGCGUUCGCACUCGCAUUCCAUCUUCAACACGCGCUUCUCACCGGUGUUGCAUCCGGAAUCGCAUUCGUACUCGGUGCAUGGCGACCACUUCAGUUACUUUUCUCUUCCAAAAUGUCAUUCUUCACACUCACUUUUCUUCUAGCAACAGGGUCCACAUUCACACACAUCUUAACCUCCACCGCCACUAAACUCACCACCCUGAAAAAAACAUCCGCAAACACCUUACCUAACGCAGCCGGCUUUUCAAUCAGUGCACUCACCCUUCAGUCAAUACUAUCAUGUCUAGCCGUGGCUCUACAUGCUCUAGCUGAAGGGCUCGCAUUAGGUGUGGCUGCACCAAAAGCUUACGGGUUCGGUCGGCACAUGGUGUUACCCGUUUCUCUUCAUGGACUCACCCGUGGGGCUGCUGUUGCCAGCUGUAUUUUCGGAGCGACAGACAGCUGGUAUGGGUCGUUAGCAGGGUCCGGGUUGAUCGGGAUUGUGGGUCCUGUUUCUGCUAUUGCGGCCAUUCUUGCUGGGAUUGAUUAUAGCGGUUUAGAUCAUUUGAUGGUGUUUACUUGUGGCGGUUUAAUCCCGUGUUUUUGGAGCAUGCUCAGAAGGGCAAUGAGAUUGGAUACACGAAAAAGCACGACAGGUGUGAUGGCGGGGGUCGGGUUUGCCACCGUGUGUCUCAUGUGUACAAAGUUGGUGUGUUUACAUACACCUUACUGCAACUCUGCACCAGAAGCUGUGAGAUAAUCUAUUGAUGAAUCAUAACCGUGUUUAUUGUUUUCUUUCCAAAUCAGCACACGCUCUAAAGCGUUUUUUGGGGAGAACAGAAAGGCUCCGGAAGCGCGUUUAUGAGGAUUAUGAGAUUAUUCUUGUGACAGGUAAGAUUUGUUUUGCUCUAUGCAUCUAACCCUAAUUUGUAACAGUUGUAAAAACACAUAAAACAUGUAGUUAAGGUGUCGAGGAUGUACCAUACGACGGUCGUUACUGAAUAUACAGAACUGAAACAUCGUUUUCUUUUUUCUUUUUGGUAUGAUAUGAAUCACUACUGAUAGUCCUUUAGAUUUAUGAUCUGUAUUUUGUUUAAAUUUGGUAUAGAAACUCUUAAUCCAUCA